AUGCGGGUGACAAGGAUAUCUAACUCUCUUUGCAAGAACAAGAUCUGUUGUCCAGACGAGGUAGUCCAAGUGGCAGAACGGAUCUGUGGUUGCAACCACCAUCCGGGUUCGAUUCCUCUCCAUGCGGAAACUACUCUGCCUCUUCUGGACACCAAAGCAAUGGCAAGCAUAUGCGAAGAUCCAGGAAUAAGCGCGUGGCCAGAGUUGUUGGAGACAAAAGGAGAAUAUGCAAAGGAGGUGAUCGAAAGAGAGAAUCCCAAAAUGAAAGCUGUUAUCAUUUUGGAAGGAACUGCUGUUCUUGAGAUUUUUAUUUGCUCUCGUGUUUAUGUUUAGGUCAACGAUUGCGGAUUCGUUGUUCAAAUUCCAACCAUUGGUUAA